CACGGGGCUUUUUCGAUCGGCUCGCGGACGAAAGCUCUGUGGCGAUCAGUUGGACGACGGAAUGCAGCAGCUGAUCAGAGUGGCGCGCACGUUGGGUCAACGCUCUGGCGCAGCAUGGAAUGUGCGGGGAGUCGGCGGCGGGGACAGGGGCAUCGCCGGCCUGGCCGCCCUCUCCGAGACCCAUCAGAUUCUGCAGAGGACUUGCCGGGAGUUCGCCAAUGCGGAACUAGCGCCCAAGGCCCGCCACCACGACCGGGAGGAGCUCUUUCCGGCGGAACAGAUCCGGCGGCUGGGCGAACUCGGCCUGAUGGCGGUGGCUGUGCGGGAGGAGUACGGUGGAUCCGGACUGGACUACCAGGCCUACGCUAUUGGCAUGGAGGAGGUGGCUCGUGGCGACGCAGCCGUGUCCAUUGUGAUGGGCGUGAACAACCUCUAUCUGGGUGCAGUGCAGCAGCACGGAACCGAGGAUCAGAAGCGGGACUUCCUAGAGCCAUACACCCAGGGUGCCCACAUAGCCUUCUACGCGCUGUCGGAGCCGGGAAACGGAUCGGAUGCGGGAGCGGCCAGCACGACGGCCAAGUUGGACGGGGAUAGCUACGUGCUCAACGGCACCAAGGCCUGGAUAUCGAACUCCAAGGAGGCCAGCGGGGGAAUCGUGUUCGCCACCGUGGACAAGGGCCUGAAGCACAAGGGUAUCACUGCCUUUCUCACGCCCAAAGAUGUGCCCGGACUGUCCAUAGCCAAGAAGGAGAGCAAGAUGGGCAUGCGGGCCACCUCCACCUGCCAGCUGGUGCUGGAGGAUGUCGCAGUGCCGCGAUCUCGAGUCCUUGGUGCUCCCGGCGACGGCUUCAAGAUCGCCAUGCAGUCCUUGGACUGCGGAAGGAUCGGCAUCGCCGCCCAGGCUACGGGCAUCGCACAAGCCGCUUUGGAAUUGGCCGUAGACUAUGCCCAAAAGAGGGUGGCCUUCGGCAAGCAGCUGGCAAAGAUGCAGCUCAUCCAGCAGAAGCUGGCCGACAUGGCCAUGCGCGUCGAGACCUCCAGACUCCUCACAUGGCGCGCCGCCUGGCUGAAGGACAACGGACUGCCCAUCACCAAGGAGGCGGCCAUGGCCAAGCUGCACGCCUCGGAGGCGGCCACCCACUGUGCCCACCAGUGCAUCCAGGUGCUGGGCGGCAUGGGCUACACCACCGACCUGCCCGCGGAGCUCUACUACCGCAACGCCCGCGUCACGGAGAUCUACGAGGGAACCUCAGAGAUCCAACGGAUAGUGAUCGCCAACGCGGUGCUCCGCGAACUGGGCAGGGAGUAGUUUCAAAGCGGAUCUUCAACCUUAUGCUGCCCUACCAUAUAGAAUUCUAGCAUUUACUCUCGUUUGAGAACACUCGUUAAGUUGGUUUUAUACAAGAAGUUCAUUUUCUUUGUUUCAUCCCAGACAAAUGCAUUUAUUAGGGUAAAUUGUAAAAAAAAAAUCAAGUUAAAAUACAAAUUGCAAAUCGAA